GACUGUCAUUUAAAACUGUGAGACGAGGGCAGUAAGACUACCAACAGCAGAGGGACUCUAGUUUCAGGUUGAAAGAGAGAGAGCAAGAGAGAAUUCAACAGAGCGAAUCAUCUGCGUUUCUAGGGUUUUGCCUUUGAAGUGUAUUUGGCCAGUUCAAGAUGGAUUCCCUCUCGCCAGAUGGAAAUGGGGCUGGGGAAGGUUUGCCACCUCCUCCACCUAUUCCGCCAAAUGUUGUUCCGGAGCAAGUGGAACCGGAACCAUUGAAGAAAAAGGUUUUGCGGGUUCCAAUAGCUAGACGCGGCCUUGGAGCUAAGGGCCAAAAGAUAACAUUGCUUACUAAUCACUUUAAAGUCAAUGUUACUAAUGUUGAGGGUCACUUCUUCCACUAUAGUGUCUCUGUCUCAUACGAGGAUGGCCGACCACUGGAAGGUAAGGGUGCUGGAAGAAGGAUCAUUGAUAGGGUGCAAGAGACUUACAAUUCUGAGCUUGCUGGAAAGAAUUUUGCGUAUGAUGGGGAGAAGAGUUUGUUUACUGACGGCCCUCUCCCACGCAACAAACUUGAGUUCACAGUAGUUCUGGAUGAUAUCUCAGCUACCAGAAGUAAUGGUCAUCGCAGCCCCGAUGGAAAUGGAAGCCCGAAGGAGGGCGACAGAAAAAGAUUGCGACGGUCAUAUAACUCCAAAACAUUCAAAGUGGAAUUUAGCUUUGCUGCAAAAAUACCCAUGCAGGCUAUUGCGAAUGCUUUGCGAGGCAAGGAAUCGGAGAACUCCCAGGAAGCUUUAAGAGUUCUUGACAUUAUUUUACGGCAGCAUGCAGCCAAACAGGGAUGUCUUCUUGUUCGCCAAUCAUUCUUUCAUAAUGACGAAAGAAAUUUUGAGAAUAUAGGUGGUGGUGUACAAGGUUGUAGAGGAUUUCAUUCAAGCUUUAGAACCACUCAGGGAGGCUUGUCUUUGAAUAUUGAUGUAACCACCACUAUGACUAUAAAGCCUGGAGCUCUGGUGGAUUUCCUACUCGAGCACCAAAAUGCGAGAGAUCCCUUCUCUGUUGACUGGGCCAAGGCUAAACGAACCUUAAAAAAUCUGAGGAUUAAGGUUAAUCCCUCGAAUCAAGAGUACAAGAUUACUGGAUUGAGUGAACAGCCUUGCAAAGAGCAACUGUUUUCCUUGAAGCAGAAGGCAAAGGAUGAGAAUGGCGAAGUUGAGGCCACAGAAGUGACUGUUUAUGACUAUUUUGUUAACUUUCGGAAAAUUGAACUUCGCUACUCUGGUGAUGUUCCCUGCAUCAAUGUGGGAAAGCCAAAGCGUCCGACUUACAUUCCUCUUGAGCUUUGUGAAUUGUUACCAUUACAACGCUACACAAAAGCACUGACUAAUCUUCAAAGGGCUUCUCUAGUGGAGAAAUCAAGACAGAAGCCUCAAGAGAGGAUGAAUGCUUUGUCUAACGUUUUGAGAACCAGCAAGUACGAUACUGAACCUAUGUUACGUUCAUGUGGCAUAUCCAUCAGCACGAGCUUUAAUCAAGUGGAAGGGCGUGUGCUACCCGCUCCCAGGUUGAGAUUUGGCAAUGGUGAGGAUUUCUCUCCUCGUAAUGGUAGAUGGAAUUUCAACAACAAGAAACUAGUAGAGCCGACAAAGAUUGAACGAUGGGCAAUUGUAAACUUUUCUGCGCGGUGUGAUGUACGAGGCCUUGUUCGAGAUCUCACCAAAUGUGCAGAAAUGAAAGGAAUAAGUAUUGAGCCUCCAUUUGAUGUCUUUGAGGAGAACCCACAGUAUAGACGUGCCCCACCAAAUGUUCGGGUGGAGAAAAUGUUCGAAGAGAUGCAAUCUAAGCUUCCUGGGGCUCCACAGUUCCUUCUCUGCCUACUACCUGAGAGAAAGAACUGUGCUAUUUAUGGUCCAUGGAAAAGGAAAAAUCUUACUGAAUUUGGAGUUGUUACUCAGUGCAUUGCUCCUACAAGGGUCAACGACCAGUAUCUUACAAAUGUUCUCCUGAAGAUAAAUGCAAAGCUUGGUGGAUUGAAUUCUUUGUUAACUAUCGAGCAUUCUCCCAAUAUCCCUCGUAUUUCUAAGAUACCUACUAUGAUCUUUGGGAUGGACGUUUCACAUGGCUCUCCAGGGCAAUCUGAUAUUCCAUCAAUAGCUGCGGUGGUUGGUUCUCGGCAUUGGCCUUUGGUUUCUCGCUACAGGGCAUCUGUGCGAACUCAGUCCCCAAAAGUUGAGAUGAUAGAUUCUCUAUUUAAGCGAGUGUCUGAUACAGAGGAUGAAGGGAUUAUUAGGGAGCUUCUCUUGGACUUCUACACAAGUUCUGGAAAAAGGAAACCUGAACAGAUUAUCAUAUUUAGGGAUGGAGUCAGUGAGUCACAAUUCAAUCAAGUGCUGAACAUUGAACUCGAUCAGAUAAUUGAGGCUUGCAAGUUUCUCGAUGAGAAGUGGUGCCCUAAGUUUGUGGUGAUUGUUGCACAGAAAAAUCAUCAUACAAAGUUUUUCCAACAGGGAGCUCCUGAGAAUGUUCCUCCUGGGACAAUAAUAGACAACAAAAUAUGUCAUCCUCGGAACAAUGACUUUUAUCUCUGUGCCCAUGCUGGAAUGAUUGGAACCACAAGGCCAACACAUUACCAAGUUUUAUUUGAUGAGGUUGGCUUUUCUCCUGAUGAGUUGCAAGAACUUGUGCAUCAUCUGUCCUAUGUGUACCAGAGGAGCACUACAGCGGUUUCUGUAGUUGCACCUGUAUGCUAUGCUCACUUGGCUGCUACCCAGAUGGGUCAAUUUAUGAAGUUUGAAGAUGCUUCAGAGACUUCCUCCAGCCAUGGAGGGAUGACUUCUGCUGGGGCUCAUCCUGUUCCACAAAUGCCCAAAUUGCGUGAUAAUGUGUGCAGCUCCAUGUUCUUCUGCUGAGGCUUUUGAGCUGUAAAUGGCAUGUAGAGUUUAUAUUUCCUUUUGUUACCUGUUGCGUGCUCGAACUGUCGAAAGUUUGAACUUAUUUAACAGUUAGUUAAUUUAGGUAUUUCCAAUCCCCUUGUUCCUUGGUUUUUGGCUGCAGCAUUGUCUGGUAUUUUGGAAACAUGUAUGGGUGGAAACUUGUGGGAAGAUGUGGACAUGUUUGAUGUUGGAUUUUGUUGGCACAAGGAAGUAUUGUCGUUUUAUUUACUGAAGGUUGCAUAA